GUCAGGGUGCUGCGAAGUGCGUGUAGUUGCGCGCGCGGAUAAAAUGACAACUUUUUGAUAACAAUAAAUAAAUAAAUACAUACAUACAUCUAAUUUAUGCACUUUAAGGAAAAAAAUAUUUAAGAAGUACUUUUCCCUUAUUUAGUAAAUAAUUUCUUAAAUAGGUCACUAACCUACUAAACACCGCUUCUUUUCUGUUAGUUGGCUAGCUAUAGCACUUUCCUAGCUCUUGGAGACAUGGCCGAAGCGGAUGGAGCGGAGAAUGAAACCUUCUGUGAUCAAAAUGUCGGAGAACAGAGCUCUGUGGAGGAUCAGGUGGAGAAGGAGAAUAUACAAAAAUCCAGUGAGAGGAAAAAAGAAGAGGAAGAGGAAGGACCUGGUCCGUCCAGUCUGGUGUACACAUCCACCUCCCUGUCCCUCAAACCUGACCCGGAGAAGCGCCUAAUAACUCAUCCUCUGACUCUGAACUGGGCCUUCGGGAUCAACAAGACCCUCCCCGUCUUCAGCCUCUUGGAUCAAGACAGACUUGCCAUCCUGUAUGCUUGUUCUCAUGUAGCUGUCAUAUAUGACCACACGUCUAAUUCACAACAUCUCUUACAAGGUCACUGCAACCCCAUUUCCUGCCUGUGUGUCAGCGAGGACAGACGGUGGAUUGUGAGCGCUGACAAGGGCCACGAUAGCCUCGUGAUCAUAUGGGACUCAUACUCAGGGAUCCCUGUUCGCACCAUGUUUGAUUGCCAUCCCGAGGGCGGUGUUGCUGCUGUGGCAUUGUCCAAGGAUUCAAAAUACCUGGUGACCGUCGGAGCCGGAACAGUGCAGAGAGUUUGUAUCUGGGAUUGGACUAAUGAGACUGAAGGUCCAGUGUGCCAGGUUGACAUCAGCUCAAACCUUGGUUGCCAGAAACACAUCAUAUUCAACCCUACUGACAGCUGCCAGCUACUCAGUAACAGUGCAAGUCAUGUCCUCUUUUACACCUGGGAUAAAGAAACUAUGCAAUAUGAAGCCCCUGAAAUCUCCAAGACAUUCAAGAGAGAAGUGGGUUGCUUUAGUCAGUCUGUCUUCCAUGUUGGAGGCAUGCAGGCUUUCUCAGCCACGCUGACAGGGAAUAUGGUGGUGUUGGAUGUGCCGAGGUCAGGUACAGGCCAUCUGAAUGCAUUAAAAGCCAGCAAAUUAAUUUCCCUGCAGAAGGAUGGGAUUAGUGUAAUGACACAGUGUGACAGCUUUAUUGUGACAGGUGAUGUAAGAGGCCACAUCAAAUUCUACGACACAAACUUCAAGGUCCUUAGCUGCUUAACUGACUUCAAUUUGGACCCCAUCACAUCCAUUUCCCUGUCAAAGGAAACUCCUACUUCUAGUGGUGUUGCGUGUACAGAAGACAUCUUGAACACUGAAUCAUAUGUCAGUAGAAAUCUUGUCCUGUCUACCGUCAGUGCAGCUGUGGUGCACGUGAAAGCACAAAGCAGAAGUGCUCAGACUUUAAUGAAAGAACAUGCUGAGCCUCUGAACGCUGUAGCUUGUCACCCUCAGCAUCCUCUUGUAGCUAUGGGCAGCUACAGUGGUGUCCUAAAAGUUUGGGACUAUGAGCAAAAAGUGACUGUGUGCAGCAAAAUAUUCCAUACAGAUGAGCAGAUCCACUGUAUCACCUACGAUCCUCAGGGCCUUUACCUGGCUGUCGGUUUUGUCAGCGGAGUUGUGAAAGUUCUGGAUCCCUGCACUUUAGAGGAAGAAGUCGAGGGGGGAUUUAAGUACAGUCCUGACUGCAUUACCCAUCUCGCUUUCUCCCACAACUCCUCUUACCUGGCCGCUGCGGACACUGGGAAAGCUGUGAUGGUUUUUCAUAUAUGUAAGGAAGGCACGCAGUAUGUGUGGCACUACCUCGGGAAGCAUCGUUCCCACUACAAGGCCAUUCAGGACCUGCUGUUCGGCGUGGACCUGGACAGCACCAAGCCACGGCUGCUCUCCUUGGGCAUGGAUCGCAGACUAGUUGAGUACGACCUGCAGAACAGCAGAAAGGACGAGUUGUUGCUCCUCAGCUCAGAACGCAUCGAGCAAAGUGCCAGGCCUACGUGCAUGGCCUGGUAUCCUCCUUUAACCACCGAGCACUUUUUACUAAUCGCAUCUGACCUGUACAAGCUGAAACUACUCAAUGUCACCACAAAGAUGUGCAGAAAAACACUUCUUGGCCCCACGUACGGUUCACCUGUAAAAAAGAUGCUGAUGCUGCCAUCCUCUAAAGAUGGGAAUUUGAAUUCACAUUACAUGGCUUAUAUAACACAGGACAAGGUUGGGGUUCAGAUCCUGCCUCUUGAUGGGAACCCACACAAGUCCUUAGCACUGAUAUGCCACUCUUCAGGGGUCUCACAUCUGGCUUGCUCUCAUGAUGGAAAAUAUAUUUUCACCGCUGGUGGCGUGGACAGGACUGUCUUCUCAUGGGAGAUCAGCCGUCCUGCAUUAGAGGCAGCCGCUGCUUUGGGAGGAAAAGACCUGAUUCCCUUUUACACUCUUUUAGAAGGAGGGAGAGAUGGAGAGCUUUUUAAGGUCGUAAAGGAUUUAUUUUAUUACUGUCAGUUGCGCAGUCAGGGCAUCGACUCGAUGGAAACCAGACGAGUAUCCGCUCGUAUCCCUCUUUCUGAAGUUCCAUAUCUCAUCAGAGCGCUUGGCUUCUACCCAACAGAGCAAGAGUUGGAAGACAUGCAGAAUGAGGUGAAAUUCAGUCGUUAUGCAGAGACAGGGAAGUACGUAUCUGACAUCGACCUGGAGGAGUUUAUUAAGUUGUAUGUUAACCACCGGCCAGUCUGUGGAAUCUCCAAGCAUGACCUCUACAAGGCUUUCGAGGUGCUGGGCGUGGCAGAUAAAAACGCCAAACCGGUUAUCAUCCGAGAAGAGCUCCUAGAGUUACUCCAAGCCAGAGGUGAGCACAUGACUGAGGAGGAGCUGGCUGAAUGCUUCACGACCUUGUUGGGCUUCAGUGUGGAGGAACAGACACCUGAGUGUGAAGACUCUGAGCUACAGCUGGAACGCCAGUUACCCCCAAACAUCACCAUGGACAUGUUUGUCACAGACAUCCUGCGAUUUCCCAUGAGUACUCGUGAGCUCCCUGCAGAACAGCAGCCCUUAUCCUCAAAGGCUUUAUAAAGUCUCUAUCAAGAGGGCAUGAGUGCACUCCGUACUGUACUUUAUACUUUACACUGAGUGGAAUACUGUAGUAGUUGGAGGAUCAAGCCCACAAACACAUCUCAUUUCUCUUCUUUUCUUUGAUAUGUGGAUGAUUCUGUAUUAAAUAUAAGCCAUUUAAUAAGGAGAAAGGUUUAUAGGUAAUACCAUAUAAAUGAGAAAGGAAUGAAACACACUAGGGCAGGAUAUCAUACUGUUGAUUACGCUUGUGUUAAUUCCUCUUAUAGCACAGCUAUUUAAUUCUAACACAAUUUGACAAAGUGUUUUUUUUUUUAUUUAAUUUUAUUACAAGACAUGUACUUCUGCUGAUAUUACAUUUGAUGUAUGGAUUAGAAGUUUCUUCAGCGUCGUGGUGCAACGUAAAAAAGAACAGCACAGGACUACAUGAAGAGCAAAUAGUCACCGGUGUGAGAUGAGUGCAAAAUAUACAGGAGAGGAGAACACAACAGCAUUGUGUCAACAAAUAUAUUUAAUAAAUGUAUAGCAGAAAGAAGAGUAAUAAUAAAAAGGUGUCUUAUAGCAGUGUUAAAGCCUGGAACGAUGGUGUAGUUAAAGUGCAGGUGUACACUGGUGUGGUGUUGGAAAGGGAUUUUAGUCCAGGUGGUCAGCAGUGUUUUGAGUAAUCAUCACUUCCUAUUAUCACUCACAGUGUAACAACAAUAAAGUUGUUCCCUCACCAGCUUUUUGUUUUCUCUUUACAUAAAUAAGACUAAAACAUAACCCCACAAAGUCCUGAAUUUACAAAUGUGGACACCUGACUAUCACACCAAUAUGUGCUUGUUAAACACUCUAUUCCAAAAUCAUGGACAUUAAUAUGGAGUCUUUAUAACAGCUGUUAUUAUACCCUCCACUCAUCGGGGAAGGCUUUCCACUAGAUUUUCUGAACAUGGCUGUGGGGAUUUGUGUUCAUUCAUCUACAAGAGCUCGGGGACUGUUGAUGGGCGAGGAGGCCUGGGGUUCAGUCGGCAUUCCAGAGUCAUUCAAAUGGGUUGAGCUCUUCCAA